AUGCAUCUUGACGGCUCUACUGAGAAGCACGCUCAAUGGGGUUCUCCCGAGGCAAUUGCCGAUGCAAGCUCUUCAUCCGAAACCGAGGGCUCAACGGGAGACGAGUCUGCAUUGCCCCCUGUUCAUUUGACACAGCCGGAUGGUACUGUGGUUGAGAUUAACGACACUGACAAGGACCAAGCCAACCCUGCCAGGCGGUUGGACCGCGUUCCCUCUUGGAGGGAUAAUGAAGAUUUGUCUUCGGCCAUAUCGCAGAAUGGUCCAACAACAACGCCAUCGGACGGACAAACGGAAGUGAACGACCACGGUGAUACCGCACAGCUCAGGCAAGGGACAACUAUACCCUAUUCAAACGCCACGCCAUCACUAGAGAAUGACUUUUCAAACGUUGGAGGUGCAUCUGGUCUUGGUGACGAGACAACGGUUGCACCAUAUCCACUCGAUCUGUCAGAUUCAGGAAGCGAAGAUGGCGAUGGCCUCUGGGAGUCCAUUGAUGAGCAGCUCAUUUCGCCACCACCAGACGAUAAGGAGUACCUUCCCCUGGACCAGCUUCGAAGGAUCAUGGUGAAGCGCCGGGUUCGAAAGGCAUUGAAGAAACACCUGAAGCUGGAUCGAGAUACUCGAUACAGUCUCAUCAUUUGGCUGGCGGAGCAGUCGGCAGGCAUAGCCUCCGGCUUGAAGCUGAUUCAACAUCCGCCCCCGAAUCUAGAGUUGACAGUUCAAGAUGCCAGGGACUAUGGGAGACAUGGAGACUUGAAACCUGAGAACAUUCUCUGGUUUCGUGAUCCUGACGCAGAAGAAAGCUUGAUUGGGAGCGGCUUACUCAAGAUUGCCGACUUCGGUCUGACGCGAUAUCACCGCCACAACUCAAGAUAUCAGAAGCUCAAUAGCGGCGGAGGCUUUAAAUGCUCGUUGACAUAUAAGGCCCCCGAAGUCGAUGUGGUCGAUUCGGUAUCAGAAGCCUACGAUAUUUGGACCUUAGGCUGUCUUCUUCUCGAGUUCAUCACCUGGUACCUCAGGGGCUGGCAGGCGGUUGACGACUUUUCUGCUAGACGGGCAAGCGAAAGUCAAGAUCCCGACCACGACAUUCCUCUCGACACAUUCUUCAAUGUUGAGUCAAAGAAUGGUGUCAGGGGCGCUGGUCUCAAGCGUGCUGUAAAGGAAUUGAUAGAUGACUUGCACGAAGACGCCAAUUGUUCCAAAUUCCUUCACGAUCUACUCACAUACACACUUCAUCACCUCCUUCGGAGCGACCACAAGAAGAGGGCCAAGUGUGUUGACGUGGUGAAAAUGCUAGAGAAGAUGGCAAGUGACUGCAGGAAUGACAAGUCAUAUGCUGUUGAUGGACGCAUGAAGCCGCCGAACAAGUCGGACACCAUGGACACAACGAGAACCGAUAAGACAGUAUCGGAAUACGGCCGCAACACCGCUGAAGACGAUCCACUGACGACGCCACACGCAUCCCGACAAGGCACACCAGCACGAGAAAAAGGUCUGCAUGACUUUGUGAGAUACGAUGAAAUUAAAGAGCGGGUUUUAUACAAUGAUGUCAUGGAAACCGACACGGAUGAAAUCGCAGCAGCAGAAGAGCCAUCUGAGAAUGAAGAAGAGACACCAAAGCAAGAUCUCAACGUCGCCUCCCAGGACGUUGGUCCUGAUGAGAUGGAAAUUUCGACGUCAACUGCCCGCAACACGACCUUUCUGCAAAACGACUCAUUUUCCAGCUCCAGUACCGAAGGCUAUGCAAUAUCGCAGCCGAAUGAAAGUGGAUUUGGAGAGAAUCUGAAAAGGAAGAGCUGUGGCAUCAGAGAGGAGCUUCCCACUCAAGAGAUGAAGCGCCCAAAGCUCGCGGAGGAGGAGUCUACUCUUGUUGGCUCGAUUGCAGAAUUGAAUGAGCGCCCUGUAGCACAGACUGUUGAGGGGUAA